ACCAAUCUGACCAAUCCAGAAAAGAAGUCCCUUCUCACCUGCAGUGCAAGGUGAAUGACCUUCUGGAACUUUCUCCUUCACCCACCCUAGCUAGAAGGCAGGGAGGGACAGAGGUGGGGCUUCAGCCAGAACCCAGAACUCUUAAGCUGCAGAGCUGCUGUUUCUGUAGCCACAAGUGACCUGGGUGAGUCCACGACCCUGCUGGCUGCACUAUGCCGUCCAACAAACAAGUGGCGCUGGUGACCGGGGCCAACAGGGGCCUGGGCUUCAACCUGGUGCGGGAGCUGUGCCGGCAGUUCUCCGGGGAUGUGAUGCUCACGGCGCGGGAUCCAGGCCGGGGCCAGGCGGCCGUGCAGCAGCUGCAGGCCGAGGGCCUGAGUCCCCGCUUCCACCAGCUGGAUGUCAACGACCUGCAGAGCAUCCGCACCCUGCGCGAUUUCCUCAUCAAGGAAUACGGGGGGCUCGACGUCCUGGUGAACAACGCGGGCAUCUUUCUGUGUAAUAGUAAUCCCAAAUUAUCAUUUCCUGAUGAAGCUGAGUUGACUUUGAAAACAAACUUCCAUGGCACCAGAAACGUCUGCAUGGAGCUGCUGCCUCUCUUGAGACCUGGAGGCAGAGUGGUGAAUCUGUCCAGCUCAGACAGCCUCCGAGUUUUUAAGGAAUGCAGCCCAGAACUGCAGAAGAAGUUUAAAAGCGACACCAUCACCGAAGAGGAGCUGGUGGAACUCAUGGACCAGUUUGUGGAAGAUGUGAAGAAUGGGGUUUAUCAUGUAGAGGACUGGCUGACACCCACCUACGGCAUGUCGAAGAUCGGUAUCGCGGUGCUGUCCAGCAUCCAGGCCAGGAAACUCAACGAGCAGAGGAAAGGGGACGGGAUCCUUCUCAAUGCCUGCUGCCCCGGCUGGGUGAGAACCGACAUGGGUGGGCCCGAUGCCAUGAAGAGCCCAGAAGAAGGAAUAAAGCUUCUAUUGUAUUUGGCUCUCCUGCCCCCAGAUGCGAAGGGCCCUCAUGGGCAAUUCGUUAUGGAAAAUAAUUCCAAAGAUUGGGUGAAGCAACAUUUAGGCCUCAAGAGUGUUGAUGAUAUAACUGAUGAUUUAACCUUGAAAAUCAACUGGAUCUGAUUGAAACCACUGGAAAAGGUAGAGCUGCCUGGACUUGGCCAACUCAUUCAUACACUCACCCCAUCAGCUGUUUUUGCAAACUGAACUCGUUUGUUAAAUCUGUCUUCUUUAGUAUCUUCCACAGGCAGAAUAUGAUUCACACCACCACCGAUUUCACUCGCUCCUGCUUAUUUCUCUUCUACUUGUCACAUAAGGCAACAAAAAUUAGACAAAAAAUAAAAACUAGAAAUAAUAAGUCUGCUAUAAGGAAUGGAAAAACAUUAUCUAUGGGCAAGUUGUUUGCGGGGGUUUGGGAACUUGGCACAUUGGUGGAGGGAAGUCAUUAAUGAUGUGAGGUGGUAUUAAAAUAUUGUACACUUGAAACUCAAAUAUGAAUGACUGUAAAUCAUG